AAUGAUACUCUCCGUGGCUAAUUGGUGGAAGCUUUACGUGGUAAAAAAUAAUAAUUGACUGGAUUAUUUUUAGGAGUGAGAAAAUUACAAUAACAACAAUAACUUUCUUAUAACAAGGAACCAGAAAGGUAACUUGGAAAAAAUGAACUGUAAUACUUCCAGGCUUGACGACGGCAAUGUACUAAGUGAGGUGAGAGUAGUGAAAAAGGAAAAAUGAUGACAGCCCAGGCGGCCAUCCGCAAAAUAAAAUGACGAUUUAUAUGAAACAGAAAACCAGCUGCUGAAGAAAGCAAGUCACAUGCAAGACACACCUGGAAAACAAUGACGCAACAAAAAAAGUAACUUUCACAAAAGGGAACAUAUACUGUAUUUUAUAUAGUUUGGGACAUUUGUAUCAUUUGAAUAAAUAUAUAUGUGGUGUUUAAAUUAUUACCCCAAUAAUUAGAGCAAAGACAACGGGAAAAGACAACAGUACAGAAGGGACAGACAAGCGGAAUUUUAAACCAAAAAAGUUAGGAUUUUGUAUUAAAAAAAAAACUACAGAAUAGCAGGGAGAAAACGAGAACUCCAAAUCUAAAUACAUGUGAAUGAAAGCAUUGUUUUACUAUUUUUGACAAUCAAGACCUGCGCAUGUGUGUCAGUAUUGCUGCUUGUUUGGAGUUUCUUUUUAAGACCCGUCAGCUCUAUUUUGCAUCCAGUGUUUGUCGGAGUGCACUUACAUUCCUAACCCCAACCAGCCUCAUGACAGAUGGAAGGAGCAUGAUGGACCACAAUGUGAUGGAGAAGGUGGAUCAGAUUUUAUCAGAGUUCCGACUGACAAAGGAGGAGCUGAAGGAAGUGAUGCGAAGGAUGCAGCGGGAAAUGGAGCGCGGCCUGCGGCUGGAGACUCAUGACCAGGCUAGCAUCAAAAUGUUACCCACCUACGUGCGCUCCACCCCUGAAGGCUCCGAAGUUGGUGAUUUCUUGUCCCUGGACCUGGGUGGGACGAACCUCCGAGUAAUGCUGGUGAAGGUGGGAGAUGACCAGGAGGGAGGCUGGAAAGUGGAGACCAAACACCACAUGUACUCCAUCCCUGAGGAUGCCAUGACCGGCACUGCUGAAAUGCUUUUCGAUUACAUUGCUGAGUGCAUCUCUGACUUCUUGGACAAACACAACAUGAAGCACAAGAAACUGCCCCUGGGGUUCACCUUCUCCUUCCCUGUGCGUCACGAGGACAUUGACAAGGGUAUCCUACUGAACUGGACAAAGGGGUUCAAAGCUUCGGGAGCAGAGGGAAACAAUGUGGUGGGUCUGCUGAGGGACGCGAUCAAAAGGAGAGGGGAUUUUGAAAUGGAUGUGGUAGCUAUGGUGAAUGACACUGUGGCCACGAUGAUCUCCUGUUACUAUGAAGAUCGCACUUGUGAAGUUGGGAUGAUAGUAGGGACGGGCUGCAAUGCUUGUUACAUGGAGGAGAUGCGCACAGUGGAGCUGGUGGAGGGAGAUGAUGGACGCAUGUGUGUCAACACAGAGUGGGGGGCGUUUGGAGACAGGGGAGAGCUAGAAGAGUUCAGACUGGAGUAUGACCGUAUCGUGGACGAGACCUCCAUCAACAGCGGACAGCAGCUCUAUGAGAAGAUCAUUAGUGGGAAGUAUAUGGGAGAGCUGGUGCGGCUGGUCCUGAUCAAGCUGGUGAAUGAGAACCUGCUCUUCAACGGAGAGGCCUCUGACAUGCUGAAGACCAGAGGCAGCUUCGAGACUAGAUUCGUCUCCCAGAUUGAAAGUGAUUCUGGGGACCGCAAGCAGAUCUACAACAUCCUGACAUUGCUGGGCCUGCUACCCUCAGAGCUGGACUGUGAUAUCGUGCGCCUGGCGUGUGAGAGCGUGUCGACACGGGCGGCUCACAUGUGUGGCGCGGGGCUGGGCGGCAUCAUUAACCACAUGAGGGAGCAGCGCAGGGAGGAGGUGCUCAAGAUCACGGUGGGCGUCGACGGCUCUGUGUUCAAGCUGCACCCCAAUUUCCAACAGAAAUUCCACGCAGUGGUGAAAGAACUGGCGCCUAGCUGCAACAUCACCAUCAUCCAAUCGGAAGAGGGGAGUGGCCGGGGGGCAGCUCUGAUCUCAGCAGUGGCUUGCAAGAUGGCAUGCAUGCUGAGCCAGUGAGGUCACUGCAGCCUUUAGCCACUGGGGGCAGCCUCUCUGUAUACUACUGGACCAUUUUACAAACAUCAACACUGUGCCAAACUGGGCAUCUAAUGUAAGGGCUUUUCUUUCAGCCUAGAUCUCUAUCCUGGUAUCCAAAGACUUGGAUUAGCUCAAGGGAUUCAGAUCAGGAAGAAAAAGAGACAUUCAUAGCAGUAAGCACAGAUUCCCACUCCACUGCUUGACAGAUCAGCUGGCUUCACAUCCUGUACCAGGAGUUCCUUCAGACACAAUGUUCUGUGUUCAGAUUGCCAGCUUGAACUUUCCAAAUAAAGAGUUUGUAAAGAGAUAUGAAACUGAAAUAGAGUGAGUUUUUCAGUCCCUCUCCCCAGUAGGGUAAUUCUUUAAGUCCAGCAAAUAAAAACACAAGAGCAUAAGAAAUUCUUGAGGACGAGAAGAGGCCAUUCAGCCUAAGUAAAGUUUUAUCUAAAUGAAAGCAUGGUACCCAGUGCUUAAUUUGCGCUGAGCCGCAGCCCCAUGACCUCUGACACCUCAUACAUUAUGAAAGUUAAAAAUCUCAUCCUUUGUUUUGCUCUCAAAAGCUAGCUGUCUGAGAAUUUAGGAAGCGCAUGUUCUUUGUUUUUGUUAGGCAGAAAGAAAAAGGAUGCCGACUUUUGUAAGAAUCAGUGUAAUUCUAGUAUCUUGAUUUGGAGCAGUGUAAGAUUUAUUUUCCUAAUUUUCAAGUAAUCCCAGGCUGCUGGCAGAAUCAACACUUUAUAAACUUAGUUAAAACCAUUUAAUUUGAUGUGUUGCAGCCAAGUAAUCACGGUGUAUUGCAUUUCUUGCACGCUGAACUUGAAAAUAAAGCUACUGGAAAGUUUAAAUAUUUCAGUGCUGGUGGAACACUGCCUGGUAUAUUGUAUAUAUUUUGUGUGUAAAUGUAACGGUUGUAUUAUUUAGAAAUACAAAUCAUUGUAAAUAGGACAUUUCAGAACUUUAGACUGCUGUAUUAUGUAGGGCUGUGCAGAGCAAUUGAAGUGUAAGGUUAGGCAUAAAUAUAACUACUAUGGCCAAAAUGACUUCCUCUUUUAAAUUAGCUUUCAAAUCAUUGGGUGAUUUGUGACUUUGUAUCGACUGCUGAUCAUAGCUAAUAUGCUUUAAAGACAUUCAUUUAAAAAUGAAGUAUAGCCAAGUCAACAGUUGUGUGUAAGCUUGGAUCUCUUUAUUAAGCAUAUUUGGCAGAGCAGGAAUGAAGCUGCUUUUCACCACUGGGAUCUGUUGAAACAAAAAUACAAACCAAAGUCAUAUCAGCAUUAAUAUUACAUGAUUGUAAGGAAACUUGAUUGCAUUGUAUUGAGGUAGUGACCCAGUGAAAGAUUUACAAGCAGCUUUACUCUUGACAGGGAAAACUGAAUACAAGUUCAAAUGAGACUUUUCUAUCAACUAGGAUCAGUGUAGCUUUUACAGUAGCUCAAACAGGACAGGAGGGAAAUGUAUUACUAUUGGGAAUUGUAUUAUUAUUAAAUGUAUUUGUUAAAUUAUCUCAGGAUAAUAUUUCAAACAAAAAAUAACUUCUAUGAGAAGACAGUGCACACACUUCAUUUCAAACACAUACAGGUAAUCAUUUUGAAUAGGGUUAGCUUAUUCAUCCAUACACUCAGUCCUAAAAUAAAAUGAAAGAACGUGUUUAGACAUAGAUGUUUAAAUGUAGAUUUUCAAAAUUAAUUCCCUAGUCGUUAUUAUCAAAUUUUUAUCGGACACCAAUAAAGUAAGCAAACCUAAAUAAAAGCACUUGUGAUUUAGAGACGUGUACUGCAAGCAGUUCCACCCUGUUUAAUAGGUUUAUAACUGGGGUUCUUUCCAUACAGUUAGCCAUUGCUGUUGAGAGUACAUAUAUACAGUGGAAAUAGACUCUAUCAAACCUAUGACUACUGGCAUUUUUUUCUUAUCACACCUGCUUCUUCACUAUCCUAAAGGUCCCUGGCUUAUCUAGAUGAUAUUGUGGGCCUGCCCAGACGCUCAGCAUUAGGGAGCUACAUGUUUAUAGUCAAGUGGAAUUGCAGUUGCUGGAUUCAAUUCAAUUACCUGUGAAGUAUUAUUCUGUAAACAAUAAAAUAUAUCUUUGAAUAAAAAAAAAAUCUGCUGUGUUUUCUUUCUUCUUGUUCCUUAAACAGAAACACAUUCCUUUUAGGGAAAACAGAUAACUUCAUAAUUGAAACAGUUGUGUUUAAGAGGUCAGAUUAAACUUUCUAGGGGUUUACUAAUUUAAAGCACAGCACUUCUAAAUCUUGUUAACCCUAUGUUGCUUUGCACCUUGCAUACUAGUAAUUGGAUUACAGUAGGUUGUCUAGAUUACAUUUUUGACAAGAAAAGGUUUAAAAGCUUGAAUUAUUUUAAUUUCCAUUAACAUAUUGUCUAGUAUUCUGGAAACUCCUGGUAUAUUACCAACAUAAUGUACAGUAUGUAAGAACAUAAGAACAUAAGAACAUAAGAAAGUUUACAAACGAGAGGAGGCCAUUCGGCC